CUACAACCUAGCGGCAACCUGGCUUGCUGUUAUUAUUUUUUUAUAUUCUCGAUCGCAAUCCAGAUAUACGGCAGCAUCAAAAUGUUUAUGACAUAAUAUAUUUUGUGAGCUAGGUGCUUAAAAAUAGAUUUUAUGCCAGUGAGUUAUAGGGCGUGUGGGUUUCGUGGGAAUAUCAUACGCCUGAGGUUCUGUCUAGUUUUCUUGGAAGGCUGGCAGAGUGAAUUGAGUAAUCAUAUCAAAUUAUGCAAUUAUAUACGGGGUGUUUCAAAUUCGAUUCCCGUCAGUGGUAUUUGCGGAAAUGGAAACUUUUCAUGGAAGCAGGGAAGCCCAAGACGGCGAAUUUACGAAAAACUGAGAGAAAUUGAUCUGAAUUCCGACACUGGAAGAAAGUCGCGUCUGGUAGAGCAGAAUGGGUCACUCCACAAAAUUCGAUAGUAUAGUUUAAUUAAGUAUUGAGCUGUAAUUUAUGGUAACUAGUUGGUGUUCAAAUAAAUUACUUUAUAAAAAAAAA